AUGGCUACGGACGGACGUACGAAACGCUCGCAAUCGAUAUGUGCGCCGGCUUCUGCGAGUAUGGAGGCAUUGGCCGCUCCUAUAGAAACUACGCCGGCUCCUCGUAGGAGGCCGGCUACGAGGUCUCAAUCUGCCAGAAUAACUGGUGGCAGAUCAGUUAGGCACAGGCGUCAGCAGCAACAGUUGGAUCGUGAAACUCGGGCUCGGUACAGCUCUGAGCCACGGCUGGCUGAUGCGGAGACACCUCCUCAGGUCAGAAGACAGGCAUCAGCUCGACGGAGACCCCCAGCGGGCCAACACACCCAGCCACGACGCUCCAACGCCUUCCUCGACGUACCCAGGCCUCCCCAACCAGAAGAAGAACCAGACGAGGAUUCCUACAGACUACGAACGUUCAACAUCACGCAAAAAGGAGGUCAGUGCUACGUUCAUUCACCUUUACUACUAUAUUUAAAG